UCUUACAGCGGCGAAUCUGCGAGAUCCGAUCCGUCGCCAGCUUAGUUUAGGCGGUUGUCAGGGAGAAAAAAGAUGGCGGCAGGGACAGAGGAAGACACGGAGCUGAGGGAUCUCCUCGUGCAGACGCUGGAGUCCAGCGGAGUGCUAAAUAAAAUCAAGGCAGAAUUGCGAGCAGCUGUAUUUUUAGCAUUAGAAGAACAAGAAAAAGUAGAGAACAAAACUCCUCUGGUAAAUGAAAGUUUGAAAAAGUUUUUAAACACAAAAGAUGGUCGAUUAGUAGCUGGUCUUGUCACUGAAUUUCUUCAGUUUUUCAAUCUUGAUUUUACCUUGGCUGUCUUUCAACCUGAAUCAAGCACAUCAAAUGGGCUUGAAGCUCGAGAAAAUUUAGCUCGAGAUUUGGGAAUUAUAGAAGCUGAAGGUACAGUAGAUGGGCCCUUACUACUGGAGGUAGUCAGAAGAUGUCAGCAGAAGAAAGGAGUUUCUAACAGUGGAGAAGUAAAACCAAUAAAAUCUGGCAUUGUACACUCUCCACCAAAAUCAUCAGAUGGAAGAUUUAAUCUACCCCCACUGCCAAGUAAGAUACCAAGGUAUAAAGGACAUCGUAAAAAGAAACAGUGCUUGGACACGGCUGAGCAGGUUACUGAAAUCAGUCAAAGUGAUACAAGCAUGUCAUCUGGAGAAACAAAGAGCAAAGGCAUUAUUCACUUCUUACCAAAUGAAGCAAAAUUAGUUUCUCAACAAAACAGAGACCUAGAUGCCAAAGAAAAGAAUAGCCCUGUAGAAGAGGAAGAUGAUGCAGAAGAAGAUUCUUUCUUUGAUGAUCCCAUACCAAAACCAGAGCAAACAUAUGGUUGGAAAAAUGACUCUAGCAAAGAAGGAAAUAUUGCAUCUCUUUCUAAUGUACCACCCAACCGUGGUCUCAAUUCUUUGAUUGGAACAUCAUUAAAGGAGCCUGAGAAUGCAAACCCAGUUUUGAAAGAUGUAAAGAUGGUGAAUUCUAAACUUGGAUCUCUUGAACUAGGGGAUGAAGAUGAAUAUGCUGAUGACUUCAACAGUGCCAGUCAGCAGUCAGAGAAAAGUGAAGCCAGUAUUGGUGAAGAAAUAGAAGAUAUUUCUGUGGAAUUAGAAGACUUCAAUACUAGUGAUAAACUUGAAGACCUCACACAAGACUUUACCAUUUCUCAGUUAAGUGGUGAUGCAGAUUAUCUAGAAGAUGUUGCUUGAUUAGAGGACCGAGAUCUUAAUUUGUUGGAUUGAUAACUUUUGUAGACUAUUAAAGACAAUCACUCUACUGAAUUAUCCUCCUCCCAAAUUGUGCCUUGAGUUUCAAAGGAAUAAAACAACAAAGCUGGAGAUUGGGGGGCAGGGGCUCUUUUGAACGCAAAAGAACUGAACAAAUAUUUAGUUUUGGAGUGUAGCAUUGAAGAUUGCUGUCUAGUUCGGUUAAACAUUUCAUGGAUGUUGAUGGAUGACCCGUUGCUGGCAGCGGAUAUACCAAGAUGAUUUCUUCUACACAAAUUCAUAAGGGAAAAUAUCUGCAAAGCAGAACAAUGGCAGAUGUGGCUUAAUGUUAUAAUAUCUGGCUUUUGGCUGAAGAAAUGAAGAGAAUUAUACUUGCUGUUUUGUUGACCUUAUUAUAAUUGUCAGUUUCAGUAAGAUUUCUCCGUAAUAACUGUUGAAGUUAUUUCAUCGGCCACUGAGUAUCAGCCAAGAUUUUCAAAACUAACUAGUUAAGAUGCCUGACCUGAAGCAUGUUUGAAUCUUGGUGUCUGAAUUGUGAAUCCCCAUAGUUUCUAGUAAGUUAGCCCCUUGUUGCAACUUGGGUGCUUGCAUUUUAUGCAUCAAGAUCACUAGGUACUUCUGAAUAUUGGAAUAUGAGCCUUAACUCUAAACCUAUUUUUAUAUAUUUAAGUAUUUGUCACUCUAAGAUAGGUGCCUGUUUGUUAAUUUAAUGAAAUAUAUAAAUGGCUGUUAGCAUGGGUUGUCUUUGAAACACUUCUUAAUACAGAAUAAAACUGUUCCAGUAGCA